GGUUGAAGGCUUACAUUCAAUAAUAGCCCUUUCAGGGAAAGCAUAGGAAGCCUGCUGGCAUGUCAGACAUUGUUUUCUGCUACAUUGCAUGUAAGCAGGAGGAUCUUGGAUUUUAACUAAAUCAUCUCAUAAGGACAAACAAGAUUUCACCAUGAAGUUCGUGCGGUUUAUCAUGAAGAACUCGGCCUUGGCCAGCGUGCCCAAACACAUCGAGCACUUCUCCAAAUUUUCACCAUCUCCUCUCUCUAUAAAGCAGUUUCUCGAUUUUGGUUCAACAAAUGCAUGUGAAAAAACAUCAUUCGUUUUUUUGAGGCAAGAGCUCCCAGUGCGCCUGUCCAACAUCAUGAAAGAAAUUAACUUGCUCCCAGACAGACUGCUUACUACUCCGUCAGUUCAGAUGGUUCAUGGCUGGUAUGUACAGAGUUUGAUGGAGAUCCUUGAUUUCUUGGAUAAAAGUCCCAAUGACCACAGAGUUCUGGGAGAGUUCGUGGAAACACUGGUAAAUAUCAGAAAUAGACACAAUGAUGUUGUUCCUACGAUGGCCCAAGGUGUGAUUGAGUACAAAGAAGCUUUUGGCCAAGAUCCAAACACUAAUCAGAACAUCCAGUAUUUCUUAGACCGGUUCUACACAAGCCGAAUAUCCAUCCGUAUGCUGAUCAACCAGCACACGCUAAUCUUUGAUGGUGCAACAAACCCUGUUCAUCCCAACACCAUUGGAAGUAUUGAUCCUCACUGUCAAGUAGUAGAUGUUGUCAAAGAUGCUUAUGAAAGUGCCAAGAUGCUCUGUGACCAGUACUACCUCAGCUCUCCUGAUCUGCUGCUGCGAGAACACAACAUUAACAACAAGAACCUUGCUAUUAGCAUAGUGUAUGUGCCUUCCCAUCUCUACCAUAUGCUGUUUGAAUUAUUCAAGAACGCUAUGAGGGCAACUAUUGAAAACCAUAAGGAAUGCUUCAAUCUUCCACCUAUUGAAGUUAUGGUGGCUAUUGGUGGAGAGGAUCUUUCCAUCAAGAUGAGUGACAGGGGUGGUGGUGUCCCUUUCAGAAAGAUGGAGAAUCUUUUCAGCUACAUGUAUUCAACAGCUCCAACUCCUCAGAUUGGCCAGCACACAACUCCUCUAGCUGGCUUUGGUUAUGGGCUGCCUAUCACUCGCCUCUAUGCAAAGUAUUUCCAGGGAGACCUCCACCUCUACUCUAUGGAGGGCUAUGGCACUGAUGCAGUCAUUCACCUGAAGGCUUUAUCCACCGACUCUGUGGAAAGGCUUCCAGUCUAUAACAAGACAGCUCUACGGAACUAUAAAGUGAGCCAGGGAGCAGAUGAUUGGUGUGUGCCAAGCAGAGAGCCGCUGGACCUGGCAGUAUUCCGUCUGGCCAAAUAAAUACCUUCUGCUCGUCUGGAGUCUCCUGGCUCAUAGUAAAGACUGCCCUAGCAUUAGGGAUCUCACACGGGGACCACAGAAAGAGCAAUAUGGUGUCAGCUUGAAGCCGGACACUCAACACAAAGCCUCAUGGUGUCUCUCGUAUCACUAGUUAAUGCAUGUAAUGGCUUUACAUUUGCAUUUGCACAAUAAUCAACCUAUGGAUAGUUUUUUGUGGUUAGCAAAAUAUUCUUUUUACCACAGUGUUACCUGUAGACCAAGCAUGCAUGAGUGAGAGUGUCAAAAAUAAGGCAGAAGGUCAGUCGAAGAUGAAAAGUGGAGAAUUAAAAUCUGAGAGGGCCUGAGCUGCUAACUUCUUUAGUGCGUAGGUGGAGGGCAGCAUGGUCUUCCAGGACAGAUGGUGGAGGCAGUGUGUAGUAUAAGGCCUGAGCAGAGCAACUUUAUCAGAGCCAUGAUAAAAAAAAAAAAAAGGCUAAAAUGAGUUGUAGUUGAAAGUGAAUAUGAAUCACAGCGAUUUGCAAAAGUGCAUGAGGAGUAUUGUUAUAGCAUCAACAGUGGUUAAUGCAGUUGUUCAAAGGAGUAUUUUAAAGAAACAACUUCCAAGUCAGAGAUGAUGACAGUGGAUUAGUCCUCUGCUUAGAAGGACCAUUCUAAGAGACCAGAAUUUAAGACCUUUUAGUUCAUGACUCACCUCGGUGAUAUGAUUGUACUAUAAUGUUGGACAAAAUAACACUGAUGCAACAGUGUUCACAUAGAGAGCUGAUAAAAGGACAUUAGAGUGUAAUGCAGUGGUGGAUUUCAUAACUUGCUUUGUAAUGUUUCUCUUUUGAGUUAUUUAAUACCAUUGUCUCUUUGCUAUUGAGUUCAUUCAUAUGUACUGUAUACUCAGUGAUGUGCUAUACUGCUAUAUCCUAUUCCCUCAUAUUUAAGGCCAGUUAACAAGGAAAUUCUUUUUAUUUUGAACAGUUUAUUUGCCUCUACUUUUGGAAAUGUAUUCACCGUAUUAAACAAACCAGCCGUUCCGAACUUGAAUCAUGCAGUCCUUAAGUAUUCUUUGUUAUUCCUAUUGUGUGUGCUUAGCUUUUAUAUAAACCUUUUAACUUCUUGUCUGAAUGAAUUAUAUUUUGUGAUAAAAGAAUAUAUUUUCCAUUGUAUCUAUAAUGUAAAUAUAAUGGAAAUAAACAUGACAUUUCAUUGCAUAUUCCUCCAUCUUGUGCCAUAAAAACAUACCAAAUUGUU